AGCAGCAGCAGCAGCAGCCGUAGCAGCACUCCGUCGCCGUCGCCGCUACGCUAACCAUUCGCCCCCGAGUUUCCCUCACUCCCAAUGUCUCGCGUUCCGUCCUCUACAGCGCCCUUGCCGCCAAUCUACUUCCCAUCUCAAGGCUACCCCUCUGGCGGUGUGCCCGGACAAGUACCUAUGCAACCUCCGCCGGGCUAUCCAGUCGCGACCGCUGGCUACUCUGCCUACGGCCGCGCACCCUCUGGGGGCCUUCCCCCGCCUCAAGGCUACCCACCCGACAGCGGCUACAAUGCGAUUGCCGGGCCCAGCCGUGACCAGUACUCGAACUAUUCCAUGCCCCGCUCUGUGGAUGCAGGCUCCCGCGUCCCAAGCGGCGGCGGCGGAUGGGCCUCCCAGUACCCAGGUCAACCGCAGGGCGGCAAGAAGCUCGAAGACGACCAGGGCCGCCGUGUAUCCAUCGGUGGUUCGGGUGUAACGCCCUCAAUGUCCAUGGCAGGUGGUUAUGACGCCAAGGCGCCCCCGCCUGGCGCAUCGAGCACGGAUGGUGGCACGGCCGGCUCGGGAGGCGCGAGCGGCCAGCAAGGCGGCUCUGGCCAGCAGCCAGGGCCUUCAGAGUUUAUCAAGAAACUCUACAAGAUGCUCGAGGACGAAUCAGAGACGUACGGUCGCGGCAAGCCCGCAGGCGCCCCCCGCUCAAAGGGCGAACGAGGCAGCGUCGGCUGGGGCCGUGGCGGUACCAGCUUCGUCGUCUGGGACAUGAACGAGUUCACGACCAAGGUUCUUCCCCAGACGUUUAGACAUUCAAACUUCUCGUCGUUUGUGCGCCAAUUGAACAAGUAUGGAUUCUCAAAGAUCAAACACGUCGACGAGGAGACGGGUCAAAUCAAGGAGAAUGUCUGGGAGUUUCAACAUCCCAGCUUCCAGGCUGGCGGCAAGGCCGACUUGGAUAGCAUCAAGCGCAAGGCCGUCGUCCCCAAGAAGGCGACUGAAAACUCUGACCCGUCGUCACCUGGCGGUCCCCAUCUCUCGCACCAGGAGGCUGGCCGCGUAGCCGACAUGGAGAACCGCAUCGUCGGUCUCGAGGACAUGUUGUUCAAGACAACCGAACAACUGCGUGAAUCCCGCAACCAGUCUCUGGGCAUGAUGACGCUUUUGCGCGAGGUCCUGGUGCAUCUCGCAGCAGUCGACAAGGAGGCGUCGUCAUCACCAUCAUCUUCACCCAACCCCCAGUCAACUGCCAGAAUCCAGCGCUUGCUUGCGCUGCAUGAGACUGUCACCGGCUCACCUGUCCUCACCCAUCCGCAUCCUGCAUUUCCGAUAAACUCUGCGCCCCCCGCCUUUGGUGCGCCGCCGUUCGCUGGGGGAGGACCACCACCGCCGCCGUUGGAUUUUGGAGUCCCAUUUCCACGCGAGCCUGACACGCCGCUCAAGGGCAACGCGCCUGGGAGUAAUACUAGCCCCUCGCGAGUGCACGUAGCACCGACCCACGGGGCCAAUGCCGCCGCUGCCGCUGCCGCUCUUGGCCCGCAGCAGCGACGCAACACGAUAGAUGGCAGUGACGACGUCAUCGAACUGCCGUCACAGAGCCAGACACUCUUCAACGGUGAACCUCUGUCUAUGACGCCGUCAUUUGCGGACGGUGGUAAUGGGCAAUGGGACACUUCCCCCAACGGUUCGGUCUACAACCGCAAGCCUGGGGAGGGUGGAGCUUCCCUUCGGCUAAUGGUGGACUCGUUUGUCCCCGGCAGCGGCGGGCAGCCCCAGCAGGUCAAUGACGACUCUGAAGCGACUUCGGCUACCAACAAUGGCGCCACCGUCGGCGUGACCGCUACAGUCAUUGCCCCGGCCAAUGGGGAUUCUGAUGCCAACGGGAACAAUGCCAAUGGUACUGGAGCCAAUGGUACCCAGCAGUCGACUACCAACGGCACCCGUGGUGUCACGCGUCGCACCAACAGCGGUACGACGAUCAAGCCGUCCUGGUCUCAAGCGCCAAAGAUUCUCGUCGUUGAGGACGACGUCGUCUACCGCCAGCUCUCAUCAAAGUUCCUCGAGAAGUUUGGCUGCGUUGUCGAGACUGUCGAGAACGCCCAGCAGGGUGUCGAGUUGAUGAACAAGACCAAGUACGACUUGGUUCUCAUGGACAUCUUCUUCGGACCAAGCAUGGACGGCCGCAAGGCGACGUCCCUUAUCCGCCAAUUUGACACGUACACGCCGAUCAUUUCCAUGACGUCGAAUGUGCAGACGAAGGACGUCGACUCGUACCUCAAGUCGGGCAUGAACGACGUGCUCGCGAAACCCUUCACCAAGCUCGGUCUCUUUGGUAUCUUGGACAAGCACCUGUUCCAUCUCAAGGCGCUCCAGCUCAGCACCGAGGUUCCGCGUUUCGGCGUGCCUCCGCUGUCUGACCAGGGUAUUGCCGAUGCCGUUGCGGCUGGCGCUGCGCAGUGGCAGGACGGCAACCAGGACAUUGAGAACCUCGGCGGGAACCCUCUGGCGGGCACUGGGCUCUCGGACGACCAGUAUGCGUUGGUCCUGCAGUCGUGGAUCCAGAACGGCGGCGCCAUGCCCGACAUUGGGCAGAUUAGCGUUGGCCUCGGACCGGGCACGCCUGGGUUUGGCGCGUCGGUCGUGUUCCCCGACACUACCGCGUUCAGCAUUCACGGACGGAAGCGGUCGAUUGAUGCGGUGGAUGACAUUGAGGACGGCAAGCGCCCGCUGCCCGUGGCUGCGGGCACCAUCACGGAAAUGGCGUAAUAUAGAGGUGGAGGAGCGGAGCUUUGUAGUGUGCGUAGUAUAGUAGUAGCAGUAGCAGUACAUAAAUUGUAUCUCUAGUGAUUGCAGCGG